AUGACGUGGAGCCCCCGUACCCGCGAAUGGAAAUUAUUUGCGGAAGGUUUUCACGAUCCGCUGGGCAUGCUGGUUAUCAGUAAUUCGGAAGUGCUGGUGAUGCACCGCCCCGAGCUUACGCGCCUGAAAGAUACGGACGGCGACGGGGUGGCGGACGUGUACGAAAAAGUGACGGAUGCCUUCGGCCUCUCCGGCAACUACCACGAGUUCAACUACGGCCCUGUGAAAGAUAAAUACGGGAAUCUGUUCAUCGCACUCAACGCUUCUUCUCCCGGCGGCUCCAUGCGGCCGGAAGUACGGGGUAUCAUUAAGCCGGAAGGAAGGGACGGUGCAGACGGGCAGAAACAAAUGUUCUCCGCAGUACCGUAUCGCGGCUGGAUCAUGAAACUGACACCCGCCGGUAAAUUGUUGCCCUACGCGAUGGGUUUCCGCUCACCGAACGGGAUCGGUUUCGACCUUGCCGGCAACCUGUUUGCCACCGAUAACCAGGGCGACUGGAUCGGCACCAGCCCGCUGCUGCAUGUGCAGGAAGGCCGGUUCUACGGGCACCCCGCCAGCCUUGUCUGGAAAAAGGGAUGGAACAAAGGCAACCCUUUUUCGUUGCCGGCGGCAACGCUCGACAGCAUGCGCACCAAACCGGCCGUGAUAUUUCCGCACGGCAUCAUGGCCAACUCGCCCACGCAGCCCCUGUGCGAUAACACGCGCGGCAAAUUCGGCCCCUUUGCAGGGCAAUUGCUGAUCGGCGAAAUGAACCAGGGGCGCAUUGUACGGGUUAUGCUCGAGAAAGUGGGCGGCGAACUGCAGGGCGCGUGCGUGCCGUUCCUCGACGGGCAGGGCCUGCGCAAAGGUAAUAACCGGCUGGCCUUUGCUCCCGACGGUAGUUUGUACGUAGGGCAAAACGCCCACGGCUGGCUGGGCGACGAAGGUAUUCAACGCAUCAUAUACACCGGCAGGGCGCCGCUGGAUAUUUAUAAAAUGCAGCUGACAAAACAGGGUUUCGACCUGGUGUUCACACAACCCGUAGACGCGGCCGCGGCCCGCAACGUGCGCAAUUAUUCCAUGCGGCAUUACAAUUACAACUACCACAAAAAAUACGGCUCGCAUCAAAUGAACCUGGACAGCGUAGCCAUUAAGCAGGUGCUGCUUUCGCCGGACCGUAAGCGGGUUUCGCUAGUGCUCAAUGAACUAAAAGCCGGGUAUGUAUAUGAGCUGAAACUGGAAAACAUCCGUACUGCCACCGGCGUUGCGUUGCAGAACAAACUCAUCUGCUACACGGCUAACCGCCUGCUUACAGACAAUGCGCCGGUGCUGAAACCCGCGGUGUUCGCUAAAAAAGAUAUCGAAGAAGGACGGUUGCUGAUCACAAAAUCCGAUUGUAAAACGUGUCACAAACCAGCGGAAAAACUCAUCGGCCCGUCGUACCUCGAUAUUGCCCGGAAAUACAGACCCACCGAGGUAAACGUCAACCUGAUUGCCCAAAAGAUCAUUAAAGGCGGCAGCGGCGUUUGGGGGCAGAUACCGAUGGCCCCGCAUGCCAAUAUCCCGUUAACGGACACGAAGAAGAUAGCGCGGUAUAUUUUGUCGUUGCAAUAA